ACUUUCGUGCGCAGCCGCGCCUCACGGUGCCUCUGCCUCCUCCUCAGCUGGUGCAUUCUCCGCUUCCUCAGCCGGAGCUUCCUUAGUUCCUUUAUCUCCGUCAGCCUCCUCACCGACCUCUACCUCGUCCUCGUCAGCUGACGCUUCCUCCUCCUACUUCUCUGCCGCCGCGCCGCACCCUCCUCUUCCUCCGCCUCCUACUUCAGCGCAUACUUAGGGUUUGGAAGACAGGGAACAUAACCCCGAGGAAAUUGAAAGAGUCCAGACGCUUCGAGUUCGAGUUGGAGUGCUAGCGGUGUGUUGCUGUUUUGCACUGCCGGACUUCCCACGGCCGGAGGAAGAUUUGCCUCGCUUCUUUGGUUGGGGCCGACUGCUUCAGGGUUUAAAACUUGCUAUUUGCAUAUUAAGGAGGAUGGGGGAAGCAAAGCAGAAAAGCAUGCCAUAUUUGCCAUGGAUGAGAAGUCCAAUUGAUAUUAAUCUCCUCAAAGAAUGCUCCCUUAAGCUUCUUCCAUGCCUAGAUCCCAGGUUGGAGGUGGCUUUGCAGAACAUGGGGGUUUCUUCACUAUUUCAAGUGCAAGUUGCGGUUUGGCAAGAGACGAUUGGGCCUGGUGGUUUUGAGCGAGACCUUUGUAUAAAUUCUCCAACAGGGAGUGGGAAAACUCUAGCUUAUGCUUUGCCAAUAGUGCAAAUGUUGUCAACUCGUGCAGUUAAAUGUCUGCGUGCUUUAGUGGUGUUGCCUACUCGUGAUUUAGCCAUCCAGGUAAAGCAAGUAUUUGAUACUCUUGCACCUGCAGUGGGCUUAUCUGUUGGUUUGGCAGUUGGUCAAUCUUCAAUUGCUGAUGAAAUUUCUGAGCUCAUCAGGAGAUCUACAUCUGAGGCAGGCUUCUGUUAUGACCCAGAAGGCCUUUCAAUGGAGUUACAAAGUUCAGUGGACAUUUUGGUGGCAACACCUGGGAGGCUGAUGGACCAUAUCAAUACCACUAAAGGUUUUACACUUGAACAUCUUUGUUAUCUUGUUGUUGAUGAAACAGAUCGAUUACUGAGGGAAGCAUACCAGUCCUGGCUGCCAACUGUGCUUCAGUUGACUCGUUCUGUUGACGAAGGCCUCUUCCCUUUUGGCCAAACUUUACUUCCUUCUAUAUUUGGUUCCUUAAAAACUAUUAGGAGAUGUGGUGUGGAAAGGGGGUUUAAAGGUAAAUCUUACCCUAGGCUUGUGAAGAUUGUUCUGUCUGCCACACUAACCCAAGAUCCAAGCAAGCUUGCUCAGCUUGAUCUGCAUCAUCCUUUAUUCUUGACCACUGGGCAAAUGCGUUAUCAGCUUCCUGAAAAAUUGAAAUCCUUCAAAGUGAUUUGUGAAUCAAAACUCAAACCCUUGUACUUAGUUGCCCUUCUGCAAAAUUUAGGUGGGGAGAAGUGUAUUGUUUUUACAUCAUCUGUAGAAUCAACACAUCGUCUGUGCACCUUAUUGAAUUAUUUUGAUCUGCAAAUAAAGAUCAAGGAGUAUUCAGGUCUUCAACAUCAAUCAGUGAGAAGCAAGACACUGAAAGCAUUUCGAGAAGGAGAAAUACAAGUACUUGUUUCUUCAGAUGCGAUGACUCGUGGAAUGGAUGUUGAAGGAGUAAGAAAUGUCAUUAAUUAUGACAUGCCUCCAUAUAUUAAGACAUAUAUUCAUCGGGCUGGUAGGACUGCAAGAGCAGGCCUGACUGGAUGUUGCUUUACGUUGCUACACAAAGAAGAGGUUAAGCGUUUCAAGAAACUGCUACAGAAAGCUGACAAUGACUCUUGCACUGUUCACCCUGUUCCUUCCAAUUUACUUGAAUCACUUCGUGCUACUUAUUCUUCUGCAUUGGAGAAGUUGAAAGGAGCAGUCGAAUCAGAAGCAUCCAGGAAGCGCAAAAUAAGUUUCAAGUCUUCCAAAGUAGGAAGAGGAAGAGAGAAGAAAAAAACAAGCCAUUUGCAUGAUGCCACUCAUUGAAGAUGAUAAACAGCAGAGAGAGGGAGAGUGGAAAAUAAUUUGUGGACAUGUUGCCUAUCAGUGUAAGUUGCCUUCAGUGACCAAAGAUGGGGUAGUAACUUUGAGCUUUCUCAAGAAAGUACUUGGAAUGAGUAUGAUUGGUUCUCCAAAAAGAGGAUGAUGAUGAGGAAGAACAUUUUGAACACGAAGGGAAUGCAUCGGCUGCAUAACGUCUCUAUGCUCUUCUUCGUCUAUUGUGUCCAACAUAUUCACAUUCUGGCCCCUCCUAACAGUAAUAAACUGUGAUGGUGCAGUCUCCAUAGCCAACCUCCCCAUGCGUGAAUCGGCCAUUGUUUUGAAGACUUACAGCUCAAGAGAAAGGGGAGAAGCUGAAAUUCAGAAACCCAGUUGGGAGAAAUGGAUUUUGUAAAUAAAAGAUUUGCACUUGUUGGCUUGCGGAUGAGCAGGAGCUCGCACUGGGCUAUUAUAUAAGGGCGUGCUUGAGAGUAAGUUUUGGCUUAAACUUAUUGGUUAGUUCUGAUCAGGACUUCGAUCAACCUUACAUUGAUUUUUAACCUGUACUGCCGGCCCAUGCUUUGACGUUUCCAAAAACGUCAAGAGGAGAGCCUCUCGCUGGGCACCCACAGCCAUGUGUUAAUGCAUGAAUGGAAGAGUGAGUAUCCCUGUGAUAAUUCUUAAGUUGGAUAAGCCGGUUGGAGUGCCAGCUGCCAGGUGUCUGGUGAGAUGAAGAGCGAUGUUGCCAAAGAAAUUUCUUGAUAAUGCUCUGAAAAUGAAAUUUCUUCUUGGUUCUGCUUCAUUGUGUAAACCUGUCAGCAUGUGGUGUAAUUAUUAGAUUAAUUUUAUAAUUAAUUCUAAGAAUUUAAUUAGUUGAUCAAUUUCGUGUAAUAAAUAUAAGAAUAUUUAGUUUCUCUCA